UUUGACUAGUAAAUAACCUCAAAAUUAUAGUAUUUAUUUCAAAUUAAACUAAUAAACAAGGUAAAAACUAAAAACGUUGAUGCUUGAAAACAAUACAAUUCGAUUAUGUUAUUAUUUUACGAUAUAAUUAUUUAUGCGCUGAAAUAAUCCAUUUAAAGAGAUAUGGAAACAAACACUGCUGGAUGGAUAGGCCUAAUUGUAGCUUUAUGUUUAACAACUUUUGGUGUGUCAUGGCUGUUAAUUAUUACAAUAAGUUUACUAUUAUUUAUCAUAGGAUUGGCGUCCUUUUUGCAUGUACAACGGGGUAGUAUAGAAAAGUUUUAUAUAAAAUGUGCUGGCAAUCCUUUAAGUUCAAGUUGUAUAAAAGAAGGAGGUCUAGAGCAGAUCGUUAAACAGUUAGAAAGUCCGAAAAAAGUACAAAAGCAAGACAGCAGAGUAACUGGUAGUGAGUUAAUUGAUAGUUCCUUACAAGAGAUUUUAGGUUACAUUAUCAGAGAUUAUGUUUUAACUUGGUAUAAUCUUCUUACUAGAGAUGUUGAGUUUACAGACACUGCAGUGCGACGUACAGCUCAAACGUUGGCUAUAAAUAUUUCAAAUAGGGUCAAAGAAAUCGACUGGAUACCUUAUUUGACUCAAAAGUUUGUGGAUGAUGCGGCAUCACAUUUAAGACUAUAUAAACAGGCCAGAACAAAAAUGAAACUGCAAGAAGCAGCGAAAGAACAGAAGAGCUCACCACAAAGAGAUAAAACAUCUCCGAAAAAGACUGUUCAUAAGAGAAAUAAAAGUGAAACUGAUGUUAGCUGGUAUAGUGGGAGAGCUACAGAACUGAAAAAGGAUCAAGAGAAAAUUAUGGGGCAUUCUAAGUUUGCUGUAAAUGAUGACAAAAAGAAUUUCUCGUUAGAAGACCAUUUUUUUUAUUUAGAACGCCAAAUGGAAAAGGAUACAGUUUCCAGGGACUCGUUGUGCAGGAAUUUAGAUAUUGAGAAAGAGUUUCUAUGUGAACUCACCGAAAUUAUUUUAUACAUAUUACUGCCAGAUGAAGAUUUUCAAUGCAAACCUUUACGAUAUGUACUUCGAGAAAUUUUUGUAAACGGCGUCAUUUUGCCACUGUUCAAUUUGAUUGCUGACCCGGAUUAUAUUAACCAAGCUAUGAUUUGGCUGUGCCUACGCGAAAAUCAGUUGCCCACUGACAUUUUUUUAAGUAUACUUAGAUUAACAGACAGCUGUGAUGAAUUAAAAAGUACCAAAGAUUUAAUAUCUCUCGAAAUACAAACUUUGAGAUCUCGUGACUCUGGAAGAGAAAGUGAUCUUGCUGUGAAACAACAAUUGAGCAGCUUAUAUUAUGUACUAAAAUUAAUAGAUAGCAAAUUGUCAAAAAUGGAAAAUAUGGACAAUUCAGAUGGGCAAUCAUUAGAUUACAUCCAACUGGAAAGUAUUAAAAAAAUUGAUCUGACCCUAGACCAAAUCUUGAAAAACAAUAUAGCCCUUUCCUAUUUUAUUGAUUUUGUUUCUAGUCAAGGAAAACAGCUAGAGCUUUUCUUUUACUUAAACGUUGAAGGCUGGAAAGUUUCCGUUGAGCAGCAACUCUCAAAUCUCCAUCUAACAAAAAUAAUAAAAGGCACUACUGAAUCAGUUGGCCCUAUUUAUGAGAAUAUCCGUUCGACAGCGCUAAGUAUAUACGACCAGUACUUAGGAGAGAAGAUUGAACAAAGAGUACAAAUAAAACCCGCACUUAUACAGGCACUACACUUCAAGAUUCGUAAUCUCAAUGAGACGCCUUCGGAAACCUGGUUUGAUGGAGUUUUAGAAGCUACGUACGAGAAGCUGGAAAGUAAACAUCUACCGCUGUUUAAAAAGAACAAAUGUUAUGUUAAAUUGUUACAAGAACUUGAUCUCCUCCAACAACCGAACUCUGAAGACGAUGUAAUUAGUAUUAAUAGCAACGAAUGUCUGGAAAUCACCGACCCUUUCCCCGUUGCAACUAAGAAAAUGGAUUUCCUAACGGUUAUUGAUAACCCCAAAAACAUAAAACACGUCCGAUCGUUGAGCGACGUAACGAUGACGGUCGGAAAGAAUGAAUCUGAAAUAAAACCACUCAAUUCCAGCCAAGAAAAUAAAUCCCCUACAAACGAAACUGGCGCAAUAAAAGAGAAAAAAGUUGACGAGAAGGCUCUUGCGAGUGGAAACUUUAAUAUUACUAUUAACAUUAUUGAAACUGGUAUCGUAUGCGAAAAAGGUAAAACUUUUGGAAUAUACGCUAUGAGAGUUUCUCAAUCCUAUGAUACUGGGUAUCAAGAGGAGUGGCACAUCUACAGGAGAUACAGUGAUUUCCACGAUCUUUACUGUAAAGUGAAAGAAAAGUUUCCCGAUUUAUCAAAACUUUCAUUUCCUGGUAAGAAAACAUUUCACAAUAUGGAUCGAGCCGUAUUAGAAAGACGAAUGAAGAUGCUUGGUUCAUACAUGAACGAAUUGUGUCAAACUAAUCUGAUAUUCGCUCAUCACGGCCUUAAGGAUUUAUUGAUGACUUUUGUUGAGCAAGGUGAUUAUGACAAAGCAAAUGGAGGACCAAUAUCAACUACAAUUGAUAACCUGGUAAAUCCUCUAAAAUCAGGAAUGAAAACUAUUAAAAAUAUGCCAGAGCAACUUAUAAAUACCGUUGAUGAAGUAGUAGGGGGAUUAUCAAAGGUAUUUCAUCCAAAACCAGUUAGAUUUCCUGAGGCUUGCAAAGUUGGUGCUUCUAUAGAGGAGACCGACGAUAACAUUCCACUUAGAAUUAUGUUACUUUUAAUGGACGAAGUGUUCGAUUUGAAGUCUCGAAAUCAAUGGUUACGAAGAAGGAUCGUAACUUUACUGAGGCAGAUUGUGAGGACCAUGUUUGGUGAUAUAGUCAAUCGUAGGAUAUUAGAAUACGUGUCUUUCAUAACUAGUCCUAAAAAUGUUGCACAGUAUUUAUAUAUUUUUAAGCACUCUUUUUGGCCAAACGGAAUGAGAAACGAUAGGAGAGCAGAACGAGAUGAAGGAAUUAAAAGUAGAACAAGAGUUGCGGCUAAGAUAGCUCUUAUAUCGUGCCUAUCAGAUGAAUUGAAGCAUAUUAUUGGAUCAGAAACGACGAGGCGAGGUUUACUUACAAUUUUCGAUCUUUUCCAAAGACCAAUAUUAAAUCGUAGAUUACUCUAUGUAUUAUUAGAGGGAAUACUGUCUACUUUAUUUCCUGAGAAAGAUAUGAAUAAGUUAUUUAUUAAACUAUAUUCUAAGUCAAAUAAAAACGAACAGAUUAAUACUCAAAAAUCUAGCUGAUGAUUUAUCUAUAUUGUUUUUGUUUAUUACCAUUAUAGUAUAGGUACAAGAUUAUGCACAUGAAAUUUCGUACUACCUACAUACAUUUUUUUAUUUUAAACUAGUAUCGUGUAAUCGGGACAAAUUUUGGCCUGGUUACUAGCAAAAAAAACCUUGAUCAAUGUGGCGAAUUGUUGCAAGUGUAUAUUAUACUGGGAUGCAUUCAAAACCAUGCUAUCUGAUGCGGACAUGAUUCUCUAAAGAACUUUAUUACAAAUGCUGCUAUCACUUUAUUGUAACACUCUUAACUCAUGUUAUUUCAUUUUGGCAUCUAUUAGUACUAGUAGACUCAUCCAAACGAAAUUGAAAUGAAAAUUUUUAAUUUUAUAUUUUUUGUAGCUCUACUCAAUCACUGAGGCAACCUCAUAUCUACUUUACUUUUUUAAGCUCUUCUUUCUUUUCCAGCCGACGACGCCAUUAGAUGUUAACUAGUCUUACGGUCUUCUUGUAGAAUUUACUUUCAUUUUAUUGUAGGUUUUCUUCAUAAAACACAUCACUUGUUUUUUUUUGCAUUUCCUUCAUAUUUCACUAACACUUUACCACUUCCUCCUAUUUCCCCAUUUCUCUCUAAUACCGGAUCCUAAAAACCUAAAACUAUUUCGUAUUAACACCACAUCAUAAGUAUAUAUUAAAUUCAAGGCCAAAACCAUUAGAACUUCCCUGUUUGUGAAUCCGACACUAAUGAGAAUGCAGAAUAAAGACUUUAGCACUGAUCCUGAUGCAAUCACUACUGUCACAUGAUCAAUAUCUCCCACACCUGUCCAAACACUGGUUAUUAAUUUGUAAUAUAAUGCGCACCAGCUAUGAAGAACCAGCGGAGAAUUUCAUUUUCAUACCGCUUCGGACCGAAGGGAACUAACAUCAAUCGCGGUAGGAUACUUUCUUAAGAAUAUCACUUAUCAACCCUUUCUCAACAACAUUCAGAAAUAUCAAAGAUGCGCAAUGUAGGUUCUUCCUUGACGAUUACUGAGUAUACCUUUUACAUUAUUGAUCUAGUCUCAGUGAGAAUUCGUUUCUUACUCUUCCGCAUUAUGUAUUACUCUUGUAAUAUAUACAGGGUGUCCCAAAAGUAGCUGGACGGUCUAAUAUUUCACGAAAUGAACAUCUGAUUGAAAAUUUUGUGUUCAAUAUUUUUGAAAAAUAUAUCGAAUGACACCAAACACGACUCCGCACUCCACCCCAUGGAGGUGUGGUGGGUGGUCACUUAAAAUUUUUAAAUAGGAAUCCUCAUUUUUAUUGCAGAUUUGGAGUCCUUACGUAAAAAUAAGCAACUUUUAUUGGAGACAUUUUUUGAAUUAUGGAUAGGUGGCGUUAUAAUCGGGAAAAACGAUUUAUCGAUAUACCCUGGGUAAAUUAUAGAAACGGUCUAAUAUUUCGAGAAAUACACAUCCAAAUGAAAAACCAAAAAACACGUGUUAAAUAUUUUUCAAAAAUCUAUCGAAUGACACCACACACUACCCUGCACUUCCAAUCCCUGGGGAUGGGCCGGGGGUAAAUUUGAAAUAUUAAAUAGGGACUCCCAUUUUUUAUUGCAGAUUUAUAUUCCUCAUAAAUAAAUAAGUAACACUUAUUCGAAUUGUUGAUAGAUGAUGCUCUAAUCGGAAAAAUACGAUUUGUUACCGCCAUCUGUCUAUAAUCCUAAAAAUGUCUGGAAUAAUUAAUUAUUUUUUCAUGAGAAAUCCAAAUCUGCAAUAAAAAAUGAGGGUUCCAAUUUGAUAAAAUUUCAAAGUUAAUCCCCACCCCACCUCCAGGGGUGGAUUGCGGAGUCGUGUAUGGUGUCUUCGAUAGGUUAUUGAAAAACAUUAAAAACAUAUUUUUCGGUUUUUUAUUUGAAAGUGUAUUUCUGGAGAUAUUAAACCGUUUCUAUAAUUUACCCAGGGUAUCACGAUAAAUUGUUUUUCCGAUUAUAAUGCCAUUUAUCCACAAUUCCAAAAAAUGUCUCAAAUCAAAGUUGCUUAUUUUUAUGUAAGGAAUUCAAAUCUACAAUAAAAAUGGAGAUUUCUAUUUAAGAUUUUAAAAUUACCCCCAUCCCGCCUUCCGGGUAGAGUGGAAGUCAUGUUUGGUAUCGUUCGAUAGAUUUUUGAAAAAUAUUAAACACGUUUUUUUUUCAAUUUUCCGAUCCGAUGUUCAUUUCGUGAAAUAUUCGAAUGUCCCGCUACUUUUGGGACACCCUGUAGGAAGAUGUUCAACAGUGAACCCCUUUUUUUUUGAAAACUCAAAAAAUAGGUAAAAUUAAAAUUUAAAAUAUAUUUUUUGCGUUUAAACUACAGAAUAGAGUUUCUAAAUUAUUGUUUUAAAGUGUAUUUUUAAUUUUAAAAAUUUAUGUAAUAAAUAUUAGUAUUUGUUUGUUAAAUGUCAUUUGAUUAACUGUUGACCAGGGGUCGUUCACAAUGAACCAUGCAAAAUUUUACAGUGAACAAUUUAAUUUAUCAGUGAACCAACAAUGCGAUGAUCAAAAACAAGUGGUAAAAAGUAUAUGAUUUUUAUUUAGUUAAUGUUUUAUUACAAAAAUGGUGCUUAUUAAACAAACAAACGUAGUCCUGCUAAGAUAAUUUAAAAUAAUACAGGCAUUAAAAAAAUAAAAAGAUCGAACAUCAAAAUUUGAAAAACUUAGUAGCUUAUGUUAGACAUAAAGCACAGAGAGUCAAAAACUUAACGAAUGUUCAGCAAGGAUAAAUCAUCCUUGAACAAAAACGUUUCUUGUCUACUUUUAGAUCCAAGCACUUUUGGAUGUUUAAAAAUCAAAAAUCAUGUUUAGUCAAAAAAUUAAAAAUGUAAACUUUUGUUUUUCUCUUUCUUUUAAUCUUAAAAAUGAUACGAAGCAGUCAUCAUUCUCAUCAAUACCUUGUAAAAUUUUUGCUACGUAAUAAACAGACAGUUUUUUUCUAGUAAAGUGUACCAAGACAAAAUCAUCUUCUUUAGGAUUUCGUGAAAGAGGAGCAAAGUUUUCAUCCAAAAUUUCUAAGUCAUCAUCAUCACUUAGUUUUUCGUACCAGUCAUCAUCAGAAGAGCUAUCAGAAAUAAAUUAUUCAGAUUCGUUUGUGUCUGAAUCAGAUUUUUUUACGCUUAUUUUGUUUUGUCAAUGCAGCUUUGGUUUUUGUAUUAGCAGAAUCUGCAAAAACCUGUCUUUUUGCAGUUUCUUUUUUAGCUUUUGCGUUAGCCCGUUCUAAAGCUAUUGCACCCUUUUCCGGUGUAUCUGUUGCUAUAACGCUUUUUUUAACAUUUCUACGUUUUUUCUUUUCAUCACGAGGACCUGCUUUUAAAGGUGGUCGAAAUAUUUCUGGUGUUAUUAAUACUUUGGUGGUGUACUGGGAAGGGUGUUCAAUGGAUUUCUCUGUGUCUGCAACAUCAUCCGCGAUUUUGCUUGGUUUUUUUCGUUACGUUGUGGCGUUUCAGUUGUUUCAGAGGUUGGCUCAUCUGUUGUAUUGUUGGGUUCAGGACGGUCCGUAACACUGCUUGGCAAAAAUCUUCGUCGCUAAAUAUGUUUCUGUUAAAUGGAAAAAUUCCACACUUGGAGAAGGCAGCGGCUAUGUUCAGUGGUGGCAUAGCUCUGGGAUAAGCAUGGCCGACAAACUCAGCCACUUGAUAAAUGGUGACAGGCUUCUCUGGGUUACGAAGCAUCCAGGAUUCUAAAGCGGCAUAAUAAUACGUCUUAAACAGACUUAGCAGUCCAACAUCUAACGGCUGCAAUUUAGCUGAAGUCUGCGGAGGCAGUGUGAGAAUUGUUACUCCAGAAUUUUUUGCCAAAUCCAAGGCCUCUAUGGAGAGAUGCGAUUCGUGGUUAUUCAUGAUGAGUAAUGACGGAUUUUCAGGAGUUGAAUUGGUAUGAUGGAUAAAUUGUUUUAUUACGUCAACAAACAGAUUACUAUUCAUCCAACCAGAUGGAGCCGCCAAUCCUAACGUCCCAGGGGGAGCUCCGUGCAACAUCAGGUCUCUAUAAUUCUUUCUGGGAAAAACAAUGCCAGGAGGUAUUGCAUGCCCUGUUGCGCUUACCAUGCAACAUGUAGUAACCAAAGUUCCCUUUUCACCGCUAGUAACCUUUCCGACAUUCGACAAACCAGUUGGGGCAAUUACCUUUUGGGGUUUCUGAACAGUUGAUGUUCCCGUUUCGUCCAAAUUAUAAAUGCGUGUGCCAUCAGCAAAUUUGUCAUUUCUGUUAAUAACAUUUGAUAAAUUAUCAAAAAAGGUUUUCACAUUUUCUCGGUUAAAGGGCGUUGCUUUUGCAAUACUGCAGGGUUCUGGCUUUCUCAACGAGAUAUCUGGAUGUCGAUUUCUAAAACAUCUAAGCCAUUCUACACCAGCUAUGGAAUUUCUUUACCAGGAAUCUGGCAUUUUAAUGUUGUUUAGCCUCGCCAUUUCAUAAGCAACUUGCCUGCAGUCUUUUGUGGUGAGUCCGUAGAAUUUUAGGGCACAAAUCUUGAAGUAUCCAAUUAAUACAUGUUCUUGUUCUAAAGAAAAAACCCGAUUUACUUCGUAGUUGGGAACCAAAGAAAAGUUGCCUUGAUUUUCUCUUUUUUUACAUAGCGGCGAAGUGUAGGAUAAGGAAUUUCGGUUUUUUUUAGCUGCCUUUCGUAUACUCAUGCCUUUUUCUACUGCUUCUAAAGCCUUUCUCAUAUUUUCCUGUGUAGUUGCUCCAAUUUUUCUUUACUUAGUUUUGUUUCGCGGCAUUCUAGAAAAUAAAAACGUAAAAUUGUUAUUCUAGAACGUGUUUAGUUCGAGUCUAAUAAAUAAAAACAAUAAACAUAAAUGUACUUUUUAAGUAAAGUUAACUUAGUUCACAUUUUUUUUAAGAAACACUCACAAAAAGUAUCUGGUUAACAGUGAACCGGUUCACUGUGAAACAGGGUCGAUUGAUUCACUGUGCACUACCCUGUACAUUAUUAUAUUUUAGGUUAGAAAAAAUAAAAAAGCUUAACACACUUGCAACUAUUUUACAUAAGUAUGGUCAAAUACCUAUAGAAAAUUAUGUAAAAGGUUUGCUCUUAAAUAUAAUCAACGCAAGGACAUUAAAAAUCGUAAUACUUACGUACUUUAAAUAUAUAAGUUUUUCCCUCUAAAAACAACAAUUGGCUCACACCUCCUAUAAACUUUGCAGCACGUGCCGGCUAACUGACCGGAUGGAUUUGUAAGUCAACUGUGGUUAAUAUUCGUAGAACGCAAGUGUCUGGCGUUGCCAGAUUUCCUAAUAUUUCUGUGGUUCACUGUACCCCACUGGUUCACUUUUAAACAUCUUCCCCUAUAUAUUAUAUUCUCAAUAUCAAUAAUCAUGUAAACGUUUGUUUGAUUCUCACGUAGUUUUCCAUUAGCUGUCAUAUAAUUGGAUUUGUUGUUUGUCUGCCAUACGGAUUUUUGGCUAUUCACGUUUCUGCACUACGUUUUGCUUCGAUAAUUUUAAAUACCUUCUUUGUAUUUUUUAUGGACUUAUUUGGGCACCAUCAGGUCUCCUUGUUCUUAAUUUUUUUAGUACUGUUCAAAAUAUUUCAAUUACUGUCUCUGUAAUAAUAGUAUUCAUGUUUCUCCCAGUAAUUUUACUAACACUGCCUUUCGUAUUGCAAAUCCUUUUCAAUACUUUUGCCUUAUUUCGAAUUUUGCUAAAUGUCCAAUAACUUAUUUUCUUACCUUGUUAAAAUUAACUUUCUGAAUAUCUUCUCUAUCCUUUAUAAAUUUUGACAUAUUUUGAAUAUGCUCCAAUACUUUCAACUUAUAUCCUGGUAUUAUCUAAACUUUUACUUUGAUUUAAGAAAAAAAAAACAAUUUGCCAAUAGAAAUAUUUUUGAAAUAAUGAUUUAAUUUGAAAAAAAAAACGAAAAAAUCGUCUCUUUUGAGGUAGUUUUAAAAGUGAGUACAAAGACAUAUAUAUUUCUUUUUUGUAAUUACAGCUUCAAUUUACCGUGCACUUCUCGUAGACUCUGCCGGUAAGGUAGAGUCGUGUUGAGAAAACCUGGCGUGCCCCUAUUAAGAAAACUAGUAGCGCCAUCUUUAAAGAAAAGUGAGAACUAAUUUUACAAUAUAAAGUUUAAAAUGGCUUAAAAUUCCAAAUAAAACUCGAUGCAUCCAUAUAAAAGCUGUUGAAUAUUAUUAGCUGUUGAAGUAUGUUUAAAAUCGAUUACAAGAUUUUUCCCGGACAAGGCGACAGACAAAGAACAGGCGAAGUAUAUAAAAACGUGGUAAUGGUAAUAACUUUGCAUCAAGCAAGAAACGUAGAUGCCAUUUAACAAAAAUAUAUCACUCUUAUCCAACUAGCAACGGAAAUAUUGUUUUUUUUUAAUUAGUUAUUUGUUUAUAAGCAGUUAGGUUUCAAAUUAACAAAACUAGUUCAAAACUGAACUUUGAUUUAAAAAAAUACACUUUCUCAGUGGAAAUCUUUCAUGCUCUGAGAAUUCAUCCCUUUUUAAGAAUUAGGGAAAAAAUUAAGAGUUAUCACUAUCGCAACUUCUAAAAUCGAGUAUUUGAAUUCGCAUUUUGUUCUAUAAAACAUGGUAAAUUACACACGAAUUUAAAAAUUUGUUGAAAAUAAUAAACACCAAAUUAUUAAUAACACUCUUUAGAAGCAUAAUGUAUUACUUUUUUUAAUUAAUUUUAGUUACAUAAUUUGAUAAAAAUAUUAUUGUUAUAUUAAUUUUUUAUUUUUUGUAUACUUCCCUGAGGUUUUUGCGAUUAACCAAUCGCUAGAGUUGUUCCGCUUAUAUUAUGCUUCCAAUAAAUUUAGCAAAAAUAUCAGCAUUUUAAUUUUUUUAACAAUUUUUGUAUCACUUUUAUCACCACAUUCAACUUUCACUAUAUCAGGUCUCAAAUUAAAUAUCUUUGAACAGCAAAAAAUAAAACGCCCAUUUCUCAAAAAUAGACGAUACGUGCGUUUUUUGUUUAAAUCAUUGUUUUUUACAAUGUGAACGAAAUUAUCAAUGCUGGACAUUUUAUCAAAAGUGAACAAUAUUAAUUUUCAUUUAUAUCAUGUGUAAUUAAACCGAAUUUUUCAUGUUUAUCUGUUACGAAUUGCCAUAAGUUUUCAAUAGAUUUUCGAUAAUUUUAUUGGAUUCUAUUAUAUCCACAUUUAUUGUGUAUUCUUUGUAACUGUGCCUUUUUGUUAUUAUUAAACUGUUAUUUUUUGUAGGAUAAUUCUGUUUUUAUUUAAUCUUAAUUUAGUCUUAAUAAUAAAAAAGUAAAUUGUUUAUUAUGGUAUCCUGUAUUGUUAAAAGUAUUAUUUAUAAACAUUAUCCCGCCAUUUAUUUUAUAUAUUUAUUAUAUAACUAUUAAACUAUUUUAGCAUUUA